AUGGGAACAGCAAGAAUCAGGCGAAUUGUGACACCGUGUUGGAGGCCAUCAUCGCGUAAUGAGACAGAGAAUAAUUCUAGUAAGAAUGGGGAUUCCAAUGGUCGUGUGGACGGGUUGAUGUGGUACAAGGAUUGUGGGAGACAUGUGAAUGGAGAAUUCUCCAUGGCUGUUGUUCAGGCGAACAAUUUGUUGGAAGAUCAAAGCCAGCUUGAAUCUGGUUCUAUGAGUUUUUUUGAAGAUGAUGGCCCUCAAGGCACUUUUGUUGGCAUUUAUGAUGGCCAUGGAGGUCCUGAAGCUGCUCGCUUUGUCAAUGACCACCUCUUCAACAACAUCAAAAGAUUUACUUCAGAGCAUCAUGGGAUGUCAGAAGAGGUGAUAAAGAAAGCAUUUUUGGAAACAGAAGAGGAGUUUCUAAGCGUAGUGCAGGAGCAGUGGGUGAAGAAGCCACUGUUAGCAUCAGUUGGAAGUUGUUGUUUGGUAGGCAUAAUCUGCAACGGCAUGUUGUACGUAGCUAAUGCUGGAGACUCUCGUGCUGUGUUAGGGCGACUCCAUAAUAAGGCUCACAAAGAGAUCAAAGCCAUUCAGUUGUCUUCUGAGCACAACGCCAGCAUGGAAUCUGUGAGACAUGAGCUACGUUCCUCUCACCCUCAUGAUCCUCACAUCGUCAUCCUCAAGCACAGGGUCUGGCGUGUCAAAGGCAUCAUUCAGGUUUCGAGAUCCAUAGGAGAUGCAUACCUGAAGAGGGCAGAGUUUAACAAAGAACCACUUCUGGCGAAAUUUAGGGUAUCAGAGCCCUUUGAGAAGCCGAUCCUGAAAGCAGAACCAACGAUAAGUGUGCAAAAACACCACCCAGAUGAUCAGUUCAUUAUAUUUGCGUCAGAUGGCUUGUGGGAGCACUUGACCAAUCAAGAAGCUGUUGAAAUCGUGUACAACUAUCCCCGCAAUGGAAUAGCUCGGAGGCUGGUGAAAGCGGCGCUGUGUGAGGCGGCGAAGAAGAGAGAGAUGAGAUACUCAGACUUGAAGAAGAUAGAGAGAGGAGUAAGAAGGCAUUUCCAUGACGACAUAACUGUCAUUGUUUUGUAUUUGGAUUAA